AUGUCGUUAGCGUUCCUGUCCAAGAAGAGCUGGCAUACAGCCAACCUCCGCAAUGUGGAGAAGGUCUGGAUCGCCGAGCAGAAGCACGCCGCCGAGGAGAAGAAGGUCGCGGAGCUGCGCAAGAACAUCGAGGAGGAGCGGCAGCUCCAGGAGCUGCGCCAGCUGCAGGCGGCGCAGGGCAACAAGGCGGCGGCUGUGGAGCGCCUCGACUGGAUGUACGAGGGCCCGUCGGCCGCCCGGGAGAAGACGGCGGAGGAGUAUCUGCUGGGCAAAGAGUACAAGGGCGGAGACGAGAAGGCGGCCAAGGGGGACGUGGACCUGAGCGCCACCACCAAGUACGGCUCCUUAGCGCUCACGAAGAGCGCGCUGCCGGCCAACGACGCGUUCCAGCGGCUGAACGAGGACCCGAUGAUGCUCAUCCGCAAGAGGCAGCAGGCUGCUCGAGAACAGGUGCUCAAGAACCCCGUCAAGAUGAAAAAGAUCAAGGAUCAGGUGGAACGGUUGAAGGAGGACAAAAAGGCACGCAAGAAGGCCAAGAAAGCUGCCAAGAAGGAGAAGAAGCAGGCGCGUAAAGAGGAAAAGAGACGGCUCAAGAAGAAGCGCAAGCACGGAGAGGAUGACAGCGAUGCAAGUGAUCUGAGUGGAGAUGAAGAUGAGGAGAAGGCGGAUUAUCGGCGUUCCAAGCACCACCGUGGACAAGGCCGCGACCGCGAGCGAGGCAGAUCGCCGUCAAGGUCGUACAAAUCGAGGCGUAAACCUCUGGAUACGGAAGGGAAGUAUGGUCUCAUCAGCAAGGCGGGAGCUGUGGAAUCCAAAGAUGUUGAUAAAACCUCGUUGGGACCCAACGCCAAGUACGUGGCCAAGGCCCGAGAGGCUAAACGCCUUGAGGAAGAGGAGCGCCGUCGCAAAUUGGGCAAGACGUCUUCUCACCGGGAAUCUCGUGCGCUGACGGACGAGGAGAAGCAGCGCAUGGCGCAGCAAAUGGUCGAAGACGCCAAGCAGCGCGACGAAUACAUCGCGAAGCGUGCGUCCCGGAAGAAGGACGAGCUAGACAAGCGCGAGCACGAAGCCACGAGCAGCAACCCAGAAUUCCUCCGGGAACUGCACUCGGCGGCAUAUCUAGAUGGCGAGAGCAACAUGGGCGAUCGUCUUCGCAGAAACGCCCACUACAUUCAGCGAAAGGCUGAUUCCUCCAACUUCCUUUCCAAGUAA